AUUUUCGCUCGCGCCCGGCGAAGUGUCAAACGCCCGAGUGUUUAUCUGUGUUUUUUGGGGUGUGGAAAAUUGCGAGAAAUCGUGUGAAACCCAGUGAAAAUUUGCAUUUCCCCAGAGAAUCAGCAUGGCCAAGAACACUUCCAGCUCGGCGUUCCGCAAGAUCGACGUGGACCAGUACAAUGAGGACAAUUUCAGAGAGGACGAUCCAGACUUCGGCGGCUCCGGGGGGCCAGAUGAGAACGAGAUCAGCGGCCUGAUGACUCAGGGGAAGCACUUCGAGGCUCUCAAGUCGGUGCUCCAGAACGCGCCGCUGGGCUCGAAGAAUCAGCAAGUCAAGGACAACGCUCUGAAUGUGGCUCUGCGCGUGCUGCUGUCCAUAAAGUCCUCCCAGAUGGACGGAGCCAUUGACUUCCUCGAGGAUCCGGAUCUGUUCGAUGUGCUGAUGAAGUACAUCUACAGGGGCUUCGAGAUCCCGUCCGAGGGCUCCAGCGGACACUUGCUGCAGUGGCACGAGAAGGUCUUCAACCGCGCCGGAGUCGGAAGCAUCGUCCGGGUGUUGUCGGACACGAACCGCGCCUAGACAGGCGCCACGGGGACAUUUCUACCUGAUGUCCAACAAUGUUCAUUUUAUACCUCGAAGAAUGGAUUGAUCUAAAACUUGGGAAUGAUGCCUGAAAACUACAAUUACAAUUUCUACAUAUUCUCA